CCCUGCUCGGGCUGGCUGGGCCGCCGCACACGCUACGCCCGGGAGAGGCCGCGCGCGGCCCCGGGGUAAGGGGACAGCUGGCCUCGGCCUGCCGCCCGCGCCUCGCUCCCUUCCAGCCAUUUCCCGGGCUCCUGCGGACUCCGCAGAGCAGAGCAGCCGCCAGUGGUAGCUUCGCUCUAGGGCCUAGAGGCAUCAGGGGCUUGAGUUUCAGAAUGGCGGAACAUCCAAAGUGCCCUUUGAUUACAACCAGAGGUCCUCAGCUUCUGUGAAAAUUGGGCCCCAAGUGUCAGAUCUUCUCAUCCACUGCUGAACACUUUGGGGCUCCCAGUCACUGCUUCUUGCCCAUACAGGAAGCCGUCCCCAUGCAUGUUUUUUGCUCAGCAAAGCCUCAGCUGCCUUGGCAUUAGGACACAGCUACUGAAGACAGUUUAUCCUGUAAGAUUCUUCAGAUUUUCGACCUCUGCAACAAUGGCCUUCAAGCACAAAAACGCAAAACGAAUCGAAGGGCUUGAUGUCAAUGUAUGGGUUGAAUUUACUAAGGUGGCUGCCGACCCCUCAAUUGUUAAUCUUGGUCAAGGCCUUCCGGAUAUAUCCCCUCCUAGCUAUGUUAAAGAAGAGCUAGCCAAGGCAGCGACAGUUGAUAGGCUGAACCAGUACACACGUGGCUUUGGCCAUCCAUUGCUGGUGAAAGCCUUGUCCCAGGUAUAUGAGAAGGUUUGUGGAAGGAAGAUUGACCCUUACACAGACAUCUUGGUGACAGUGGGAGGAUAUGGAUCUCUGUUUAGUGCAAUACAGGGGUUAAUUGAAGAGGGAGAUGAAGUGAUAAUAAUAGAGCCAUUUUUUGACUGUUAUGAGCCCAUGGUGAAGAUGGCAGGAGGAAAACCUGUUUUUAUCCCAUUGAGAUAUAAAACUGUUGUUGGGAACUCUGCAUCUAGUGCUGAUUGGGUCUUAGAUCCCACUGAACUUGCAAGUACAUUUAAUUCCAGAACAAAAGCUAUCAUACUGAAUACUCCUCACAACCCUAUAGGCAAGGUAUUUACCAAAGAAGAACUCCAGGUAAUAGCUGAUCUCUGUAUUAAACAUGACACCCUGUGCUUCAGUGAUGAGGUAUAUGAAUGGCUGGUGUACAAAGGAAAUAAACACAUUAAAAUAGCUACACUGCCAGGCAUGUGGGAGAGAACAAUAACUAUAGGAAGUGCUGGAAAGACCUACAGUGUCACUGGCUGGAAGCUUGGAUGGUCCAUUGGUCCACAGCAUUUGAUAAAACAUUUGCAAGUUGUUCAGCAGAAUACGCUGUAUACAUGCCCAACUCCGUUACAGGAGGCGUUGGCACAAGCACUUUGGAUUGACUUUAAACGUAUGGAUGACCCAGACUGCUACUUUUACUCGCUGUCUCGAGAGUUGGAAGGCAAGCGUAAUCGGAUGGCUCAGCUACUCCAAGAAGUUGGAUUGAAACCUGUCAUUCCAGAUGGAGGAUACUUCAUGAUUGUUGAUGUUUCUGCACUCAAUGUGGAUCUGUCUGAUAUGGAGGUGAAUCAACAUUAUGAUUAUAAAUUUGUGAAAUGGAUGAUAAAAUCUAAGAAACUGUCAGCAAUUCCUCUUACAGCAUUCUGUGGCCCAGAGACCAAAAAGCAGUUUGAGAAAUAUAUACGUUUUUGCUUCAUCAAACAAGACAGCACACUGGAUGCAGCUGAGGUGAUCCUGAAGAACUGGAAUAAACCUACAUCUUGAUUUUUAUAUUUGUAUUAGUUAUUCCAUCUGGUAUAAUUAUUUUAUACAUAGGUAUUUCAUUAUACCAUUAAAAGCUAAUGUACUCUAAAUACAGUACAUGAUUCAUAUGGAAUUGCAAAUAACUCUCUGGGAGGCUACCUGCUGAGUAGCUAAAAUAACAAUUUAUCCAUUGCAAAUAAUGUGAUCCAAGGAAUUAUUUUCAGUCUUUCCAAAGUAUUG